AUGGUGAAUGAAGUAUAUGCAUCGUUAUCACCCGACCGGUCGGAAUCCCAGACAAUUCAAGCGGUGCCCUUCGAAGAUACCGUCGUUGUUGGUACCCCUCUUGCGAUCCGGUCGGCCUCGUUGCCCACUCCAGCCGAUGCGCCAACAGGUCCCAAUGGCAGAUCUUUAAGCACGAGCGCUGCGUCAACUGGCCCGUUCAACAAUCUGGCACCCGCACAAUCAUUCUCACGGCUUACACCAUUCACGGCUACCGGGGAUGAAACCCGAACGAUUAGAUCGGAGGGCCCACCCUCGUUGCGCAGCGUGCCCAGCAUUGUUGUUAACGAACCAGAACCCCGUCCUAGCUCUCGGCCAGGCUCUCGGCCAGGAUCUCGCUGGUCAGAACGCAAAUGGGGUGGAUUGAGGAAACGAUCGAUGGAGAUGGACAGGAAAUUAAGCUCGGAGGGAUCGCCUCCGCCGGUGCCUCAGAUCGGACGCUCAUUUGCUGGCAUUCCCCUGGAUAUACCAACGUCAUCCUUCGAUGGCCUAGACAAGUCGAUGAAGUUUUCCAACCGCGGAAGUUUGAUCAAGAGUGAAUCUAAACGUCCACGCCCAAAGACGCCCAAGGAGAAGCUAGAAGAGCACCCAGAUCAACAGCUAGAUCAAGCACUGCAAUCGCGGAAGGAAAAGUGCCAUAAUCAAGAAUUAGAUCAACUGCCGCAGGAGAAAUCGGGCGAUAGCCCGGAUCGACAAUUGAAUCGACAUACCCCUGAGUUGAUGCCGUCUCCUUCCAUCACAACCACUCAGCCUGAGGGAGAGAAUAGAGCACCAACAGUGGUGCCGCGACGCGCAAACCCCCAUAGUACUCUUCGCCCAAGACAGACAAGUCUUCCAAGCAGGGCCAUCUCGGCAGACGAAGAAAUGUUGUCGCGGCGAGUUCGAUUAAUGUACGAGAAGGGUGAAGAAAAUGUCACUGACUCCGAGGUCGCGAAAGCAUUUGCAUCUGAGAAUGGUGUUUUGUGGGAAGAGGGUGCGGUUACAGACAACGAGGCAUCCGAAACACCUGUCGCCCAGAGAAAUGAGGCUGAGACCGAACCAAAGCCAAGAGCGUCAGCCGAAGUUGAGCGUCGUCGAAUUAAGAGAGAAACUCAGGAGUUAGCAGGGGGUGCUGAGUACUGGCAAAAUGUCACCGCUGAAGAAGUUGACCGUUAUGGAUUUAUUCGUCCUGCGACAAAUUCGAAAGGCUCUGAGAUCAACCCUCUUCAACGAGUCACAACCAGCCUUCUGUUGGCUUCCGAGACACCUCGACGGAAACGCUCCAUUCGUCCGCCAACCGCUCCGGCCAGCAAUCGUUCUUUUAACGGACCUUCUUUAAGACGCAAAAUAUCUCAGAACUCUCUGGGCAAUCGCCCCUCUUCGUCACAAAGCAAUUAUAGUGCGCCCUUGCGUCGCUCAACCUCUCGUCUCCGAACUGCGACCAAUCGUCUCCCUCAUAAUCGCGAUCGUAAAGCCAAAGAUGAGGCGGCUGACAUGCUCACUUUGCCCACCGAUUCUGUUCCUGGCGAGAAAGAAGAUACCCCAGCCACUCGUGCAACACGGAAAAAGGAGUGGCAGCGGGAAGACAAGUGGACUAAGAUGGCUAAACCAACCAAGAAGACCAAAGACGGCGGCGGUAUGACUUUUGAGUUCGACACACAAAGCUCAAAGUUGAUCGAGCGGACAUGGAAAGGUAUUCCAGAUCGGUGGCGGGCAACAGCGUGGUAUUCAUUUCUUCAGGCUAGUGCCAGACGCCACGAGGGCAGUCCGCCAGAGGAUGAGCUCAUUGUGGCCUUCAAUGAGCUCCAGUACAUCUCAUCGCCUGACGAUGUUCAAAUUGACAUCGAUGUCCCGCGAACCAUAUCCAGCCAUAUCAUGUUUCGGAGACGGUAUAGAGGUGGUCAACGAUUACUCUUUCGCGUUCUCCAUGCUAUGUCGCUGUAUUUUCCGGACACUGGCUACGUGCAAGGUAUGGCGGCUCUCGCAGCUACUUUACUGGCAUAUUACGAUGAGGAACAUGCUUUCAUCAUGCUUGCCAGGUUGUGGCAAUUGCGCGGCCUGGAGGAACUAUACAAAUCCGGUUUCGCUGGUCUAAUGGAGGCUUUGGCGGACUUCGAGCGGGAGUGGAUGGCCGGAGGCGAGGUGGCCACAAAGCUGAAUGAGGUUGGAAUUCCACCCACGGCUUAUGGCACCCGUUGGUAUCUCACCCUUUUCAAUUAUUCAAUUCCUUUCCCGGCUCAGCUUCGAGUCUGGGACGUUUUCAUGCUUCUUGGAGACGCCGAAGACAGUACUGGUCGGCCCGCAACCUCUUCAGGGAAGAACAAAGAUUCUUUUGACAAUCCAAGGACAUUUGGUCAAAGUCUUGACGUCCUGCACGCUGCCUCUGCUGCCCUUAUUGAUGGCAUGCGUGACAUUAUCCUCGAAUCUGACUUUGAGAACAUCAUGAAAGUUCUCACCAGUUGGGUUCCCAUCAAAGAUACCGAGAUGUUCAUGCGUGUCGCCAAAGCCGAGUGGAAGGUCCACCGCCGCAAGAGACAUGCUUAA